AUGGCGCUGCGCGUGUCAGGUGUUCGUGAAGAAACAUUGGGUAUGGACAGUCGUAUGGAGCUAGACGCGUUGCACUCGUCGUUGUCUCACGAAGACGACUCCAAUUGGACUCCGAGCCACCUGCGUCUGCUGUAUCUACUGUCUCGGUUCGCCACGUAUCCCAGUUCAACCGACGAGGAAGAGAAGUGGCUGCGUAGUCUACCUCUUCAAGUGAUGGUGUUCGAAACCAUUGUACACGGUCUUCUGGCCUUCGACUACUCGCCUGUGUGCACGAGUAUCGUCAAGGACGGACAGUCCAGAAGACUGUGGCUCAACAUGAGCCACGACGCUCGAGCAGCUAUUGACGAUCUACGGGAACACGAACUGGUGAACGCCCUAAAGACUUGCAGCGAGGACUUUCAGCCUUCCACAGCCUACCAGGUCACGAAGGAGGGGAUGACGGUACUUGCGUCGCUGCCUCCUCGAGACAAGCAGCGACUCGACGAGUUCCUCACAGCCCCGAGAACACUGCGGCCUCUAACCACUACCAACCCAUCCGGUCUCGUUCUAGUGGAGAACCCUCUGCUCAAAAUCACGUACGACCCGGACAAAGGCCACUUCAGAAUUCGACGCGGAGACGGAAGCGUCUACGUCUCUCGUGUCACAGAUAUCGAGGAGGUCUCGUACGUGUCCAGUCCCUAUCUGCCGUCGUGUCUGAUGAGAAAUGGCACUGCAAACUUCUCUUCCAACGCGUGGCAAGCUGAAAAAUGUCGAAAAGGAGCAGCGAGUGUUGGGAGUAGUAGUAUUCAAGACGCCGAUCUGUCUUUUGCUAUUGUACUGGAAAACGUUCGUCUGAUGGUGGGUGAGUGGAUUCCCUUUGGACCGAACCAGAUCGUGCUAUUAAACGACCGUCUGGGGUCUCUCGAGCGCUGUCAGGGAGGACUCUUUACGUCGGAGCUUGAUGACGCACCAACGUCGACGUCGCUAGCGAUUGAGCCAGGCCUCACCAAGAUUGCGAUUGUAGACUUCGAGUUCGACUGCUUCACUAAUUUUGAGGCAGAUAUCUACGCUCCUAUUGAGGAUGGGAUUAUUCAGAUCGAGAGUUUCGGAAUGCAUCUGAAUGGAGACGGCUCCAUCGUCUACGGGAUGGAGAUUGACGCUACGAUGGACCGCUCCGCAGAUUUCCUAUGUGUCGAUCACCUCGCCCGUCUGCUAGUGGAUGUGGACUUGGAUUCGUCCAAGAUUAUCAACGAUUUACUGUCUUCACACCAGCGUGGGCUACUGGACAUGCUGUUCAUGGGCGACGCACGAUCGAGGAACAAGUUCGCACUGCUAACCGCUAGUGGAAUAUCACCGAAACUUCCAGCUCGAGCAUAUCUUGAUCGCGGCGAAAAAGAGAACGAGCUAAAGCAGGUGCUGGGAGAGCUGCAUUCCGUGCACGACAUCGGUAAAGACGACAAGCUCUUGGUUGGACACGACGGGAUGCUACUUGCCGGACCGAAUGCCAACAAACACGAGCCAUUGCUGGUUGCUCACUUGGCUCUACUGUCACGAGAACUCGUCGUCCGGUUCUUCUUCAAACGAACUUUUAUCUUGGGUGACGUAUUGGCUCGUGCACGCAACUACAUGACGAGCUUCGAGAUGAACCCGGAAGCGCUGGAUGACAUGCGUGACCGAGUGAGUCGCUGUGCGCAUGAUCUCGUGCUUCUAGAGGAAAUCCUCGAGCUUCUACGCGAGUCACUACGUGGGUUAGCACACACCAUCCCCUCCCGGCCAACGCCUUCCGAAGAUGACCCCACUGGGGGUGGAGCUGCGUUGUACGACCAUUUGGAGCUACGUAAGACCCACAAAGACCUGGAAAUGCGCUGUAAAGACCUGGCCAAGCUACUUCGAGGCUUUCGAGCCAAGCUGAAACAAGUACAAAGUCAGAAUGGGACAAUGGCCAAGAUGAUGCUGGAAGGUUUGGUCCUUGGAGUCGAGCGCAACGUAGCUGUGCUCGCUGAGGCCACACGAGCUAACCAGCGUUCACUCAAAGGCUCGUUCGACAUCCUGUUGUUUAUGUUUGCAGCCAUUCUUGCCUUUGAGUUGCUGGAUCGAAUCACGGACGGGAACCUUCUUGGAAUGGACAAAGCUACCCCUCCAUCACUUCAAUGGAUCAAGGAUUUGGUAGUCGAAAACUUCAUCGGGUAUCCGGCACUCUGGUUCGUGAUAAAUAUGAUCUGGUUGGUGGUAGUUAUCUGGUUGGUGAGAGUGGGGAUUCGCUUAGGAUCUCGUCGUCUUGCGCGUACUCAACGCAUGGUCUUUGCCAACGCUCCUCGUCGUAUCAACGUCUCUGCAUUCGAGCAAUUUCUACGAACCCCACUGGACGAGUUACUCUCCUCUGAAGGCUCUACUCCGUCUGUAACUCGAGCACGAUGCAGUAGCCGUCGGAAGAGAGUCAUCGAGUCGAGGAAAGCGAGUGUCCGAGAGUCUAUCCGGGUGGUUAAAGUUCUGUGGAGUGAACCAGCCGUCCAACCGAAAUGCCAAACGUGGAUGGAGUUCUUUACUCGCGUACGCCAAAACUGGGAGCUGUUCAUCGCUCCACCGGUUCGCACCCAAGUUACGUACGACGCUACAAACGGCUUCCUGGUCGAGGUCAUUGUCCAUGCGGGGCUAGCGACUGACUGCUACGAGAUAUACGAUCAGCUCAAGCGUCAAAUGGAAAGUGCUGGAUGUUUCGACGAGCAUUAUUCGCCACCGACCGUGUCAAAGCCCGAAGACUCGCCCCCAGACUCUCGUGCUCGUCGAGGGUUUUUCGUGCCUCGAUCGAUUGCUCGAUGGAACGCACCAGUGCACCCCACCCAGGGCAUGUAG